ACAGGAAGUGGACAGAGGGGACGUUUGGUUUUACUUUUUUGAGCAGCUGGUCGAAAGUUGCGGACACUGAUUUAUUGAAGAAUCGUGCAGCUGGGGGGAGAGAUGUGCACUUUUGAUAAGGAAAAGGGGCCUAGGAGGCUGAUGAGGAAAGGACUGACUCUCAUCCUGGUUGGCCACAUAAACUUCAUCCUUGGAGCUAUUGUCCAUGGCAGCGUCCUUCGUCACAUUUCCAAACCAGACCAAAAAGUCACCACUGAAUACACUGUCACCAACAUCAUCUCUGUUACCUCUGGCCUACUGAGCAUUGCCACUGGGAUUAUUGCCAUUGUGAUGUCAAGGAACCUUCAUGAGUUAAAACUACAAAUAGGACUUUUAAUAGCAUCAGUCCUGAAUGCCCUGCUCUCAGCUGCAUGUUGUGCUGGACUGCUCUUGGCCAUCAGUAUCACUAUUGCCCACAAUGGAGAGGGCUUGAUGCUGGGAUGCAAUGACACAGAAGUGCCCAUCAAUGCCCGGUCACCUGUCAGUGCCCGCUGCCCGUUUGAUACUACACGGAUCUAUGAUACCACAUUGGCUCUGUGGGUCCCCUGUGCUGUGUUAGCAGCAUUAGAGUCUGGACUGUCUGUCUGGUGCUUCAUCGUUGGAUUGGCUCUCAGAGGGGUGGAGCCCUGCGGGAAGAGCUACAUCAAAGAGCAGUUGGAGGGAGAGGCUGAGUGCUCGCCCCACAGCCAGCGCCUGAUUGAACUGCGCUCAAACCCUGACGCCUAACUGAACAAACAGAAAGAAGAACUCUCCAUGUAGACAAGUACAGUAAAGUACAUGAAGGAACUGCUUUUCAUUAAGACUUAAAGUCUUAAAAAGAAGUGGUCGGCCAUAUGAGUUUCAUUGUAGGAAAAAAAAACAGUUACAAAAAUAGUUUUUUUGUUUGUGGUACCACACCCAUAACCUUGCAUACUGUAAUUCAUAUAUGGAUUAAUGGCGUUCAUUGCUUUCCCUCUUAAACCAAGCAGUUUAUUUAGAGUUAAAAGCUGAGACCAGUAAAUUAUCUUUACUCCAUAAAACCCAUUGACAAAUUUAUACAAAGUGCACAUUCACAUAUGGUGACAAAUCAAAAAAACAAAGACACCUUACACAUUGUUCUCCUCAAGAUGGUGCUUUUAUAUGAAGUUAUUUUGUGUGAAGCCAGGGAGUAAGUUUGCUUGAACUUAUGCAAAAGCUAAAUGUAAUCUUAUCAGUAUCCUUUGUUCAUUAAGUUCAUUUAAAUAUCUUGUGUAUUUUUAAGGUAUAUUUUACGUCGUAUGAACUCUCUUUCAGCAUGACAUAUUUUAUCAUUAUUAAUUUUUCUUUAUAUUUACUUUUUUUUGAGAUUCUAAUGCACUCCAAUUUGUCUGAAUACAUUUGAAAAACCAUUAGUACUCAUCACUCUUCUUCAACUGUGUUUCAUGCCAGCUGUUUUUGUACUUAAACUGUACUGUAAAUUCAUAUUAUGGGAUUUGUUGGUUGCUUGCUGUAGUAUACCAAAUAACAUGUUCUUUUGAUGCAGAUAUGUUGGGUUUUGCUUUUAACUAAGCUGCACUUUCUUAAUUUUACUUCUAAUUAGGGCUGUCAAAAGAUUAAUUUUUUAAAAUGUGUUUAAUCUCAGAAUUUCUGUAGUUAUUCGCAAUUAAUUGUAUCCCCUUUACCACAUUUUGCAAUUAUACUGUUAAGCAUUUUAAACUGUUUAAACUGUUUUCUUGUCAUUUUAGAUUUUUUUAGUGUCCCAGCUAAGUUCCUGUUCCAGAUACAGAUCUGCUUUUAUAGAUAGAUGGAAGAUUAUAACCUGAAUUAACCACAGCAAUAGGGACUUGUUAUGGAUUGAAAAUGAAUGACGAGAUUAUCAUUAAGGUUCAGGGGAAUUUUAAUUUGUCCACAGAGCUGUCUGUACGUUUUUUUAAUGUGAAAUGAGACGUUAAGGAGCAGUGGUGGACCUGCGUAUUUUACAUCACUAUGGCUGAGGGGAGACGCUAAUAUGCCUGAACCAAAGUGUGUUGAAAGGGACACUAAAGCAUGAAAUUAAUCAUGAAUUUAAAGAAAAAAGUGCACUAAUUGUGGACCUUAAUUAAUCACAAUGAACUUGAUUAAUACUGAAAGCCCUACUUCAUAUAAGGUUUGCUUUGAAGUUUUUUGUAAGGGCAACUGCAGUGUCACACAUGAUUUUCCAGUGCUACUUGGUAAUGAAGUGAAACUAUCUACUAUUCUAACUUUUCUAUGGAUGUUUUAGUUCUUGUUUUUUCAUGUGUUUUAGCUUUUUGUGACCACAGCAUUAUUUGUUUGGUUGUGCUUUUCAAAGGGAUAUGGUUUCUAUACUUUUUAUGUUAUUUUUGCCCCCCGUAGGACAGAUGCAAUGGCAAACAGCAACAAAAAAUUCAGUAAUCUACAGUAGGUCUCCUCAAUUCAGUGUCAUGGACAUUUUAAAAGUAUGUAUCACAAAAAUGCUUGAACCAGCUGAAUUUAGCAUAAUCUGGUUUGCAGCAUAGCUGUGCUUGGGUUGCAUGCAUUAGUGUAGUCCAUGUACAGCAAACUGCGGUUAAAAGUCAAGUGGGGUCACAUAAAGAGGUUAAACCAGUAUGUGGGCCAGCUGCCUUAGCUGGCACUGAACCCCCCGCAAUGCAACGACAGAGCAGAUCAAAUCAGAUCAGCCAUGAAACGGUUAAUCUAGAGCUGUGCUCAAUUGUGUGGAACAGAAUCAUAGCACGCAGUCCUAAUCCUCAGGCUUUAAGGGAUAAAUAUUGACGUGAUGUUGACUGAUACAAUCACAACAUGUCUGUGUGGCCCUUUCAGUCACUGGUAUUAUGGACAUUGUGUCCUGUAAAGAGAGAGAUCUCCAUAGAUAAGCAAGAUGUGGUCCAUCUUAAAAUUUACUCUAAUUUAUGUAUUUGUAUUUUAAUAGUGGAUCAUCUAAAUGUACUCCAUUAUAAAAAAGACAUUUGGUAUAACUUUAUCUCAUCAGCAGCUUAAUAGAAAUAACCUUGAAAAGACAUUUAAUGCACAUUUUUAACUGUUGUUGUCUCUGACUAACUUUAUAGGUUAUAGAAACAGAAUGUGGCAAUCAGAAUGGCUUGAGCAUUAAUUUCCAAUAUGCUGUCAUACUUAAUUUGAAAAUUACAGAGCAUUAUAGUGGAUAGAUUCAUGAAAAUGGGUCAUAGCGGUGACAUUUCAAAACAAUGGAAACAUCUGAAACAAUCUAAACAGUACAGUAACCCUUUCUAAUUGAUUCAGCCGUCCUGGAAAAUCAUUAACAGAUAUCAAAGAUGUGUGUUUUGUAACUUUGACUGCCUUAUUUUAUAAUUGUUUUAAUUGAAUAAUGUAGAUGUACUGUACACUUAAUUUUUAAAAUAAUGUUUUGUAUCAGUACAUACAUGUAAU